AUGCGUCUGGGGAUUUCCCGCCCCCCAUGUUACCCCCUCACUGGUUCAUGGGUCAACUCCGAAAAUUUCGGCCCCGACGAACACAGUCUUCUCCGAGUCAAUCACUAUAUUCACAGUAAGGGCUACAAAGCCACGGCAGGUCGGCUAGGACCGAUGGUCGCAAUAGUCUCCGCCUGCCAUCCCGAUACCGUCAAGCCCAUGUUGAAGGAACCGAAACUGCGUCAAGUGUACGACCUCCUCGACCCGUGGUUGGGAAAGGGUCUUUUGACGAUAGAAGACGGCCCGAAAUGGCAUCGAAAUCGACACCUCCUCACGCCGGCUUUCCACUACAGCAUUCUAAAGGGAUACGUGUCCGUCUACAACGAGUGUCUGCAGCAAUUGUUCCGUAAAUGGGACACGUCUGCAAAACUAAACGAACCCGUUCUUGUAUUCCAUACGAUGAAGCAUGCCUGCAAAGUCGUCCACGCUCAUGCAGAAAUUAUCAUCAAGAAAAGAAGGAAUGCUCUGGGGCUAGAAGGGAGCAACAAAGGGUUAAAUCCCGGCUCUGAAUCGCAGGAUAUCUUUAAUCACAUCACCAAAUCUCGCCACCUCGACUUUCUAGACAUUCUGCUGACGGCAGUCGAUGAUGAUGGCGUUGGACUUACCGACACCGAGAUCAGAAAUGAAGUCGACACUUUCAUGUUUGAAGGGCACGACACGACCACCAGUGGGAUGAGCUGGACACUUUACUGCCUCGCCAAGCACCCCCAACACCAGGAAAAAGUCCACGAAGAAGUCCGAAGGGUUUUGAACGGGCGAGAGUCACUAGAGUACGAAGAUCUGAAAGAGUUAAAGUACACACAGUGGUGCAUCAAGGAAGCAAUGCGAUUGUAUCCACCCGUUAUUCUCAUUUUUCGCGAGGCGUCGCGUGACAUGGAAAUUGAUGGAAUAAAGGUGCCAAAGGGGGUGUGGCUUGGUAUACCAACCUACCAUCUUCAUCACAAUCCCACCAUUUGGCCCGAUCCUGAAAAAUUUGAUCCGCUUCGUUUCGAACCAAGCAACGCCGAGGGGCGCGACCCCUACGCCUACCUGGCCUUUUCUGCCGGUUCUCGAAACUGCAUUGGACAAAACUUUGCCAUCAACGAAGAGAAAGUUGUUGUUGCCUCUAUUGUCAACAGAUACAGACUGAGUAUUGUGGAAGAUCACGUGGUGGAGAUGCUGCCUGUCAUCGUACUCAGAGCAAAGUACGACAUAAAACUGCACCUAGAACCACUGCUCGACUAG